AUGUCCAGCCAUAUCCUCCACUGCGCAGCCCCUCUGCGCAGCCCCCCUCUCUCCCUUUCCAGACUUUCCCCCUCAUCUGCGCUCUCUCACCUCACUCCAAGACCUUCCUUGUUCCGCCCGUCUCGUCCCCUAACCCUGUGCCUUCCCAUAGUGGGGGCGUGCUACAGAUGUCUGGACUGCAGCUUUUGCAGUGUGUGUGGGAUUACGCAUCACUUCCCUCCCUUCCCUUCUCUCUACCCCCACCAGGCCUUCCCCAUAGUGGGGCCGCGCUACAGGUGUCAGGAGUGCAGCUGUUGCACUGUAUGUGGGGCCACACAUCAGUUUCUUCCCCUCCCUUCUCUCUACCCCCACCAGGCCUUCCCCAUAGUGGGGGCGCGCUACAGCUGCCUUGACUGCCCGGAGCGAGCGGGCUUUGGCCUCUGUGCUGCCUGCUACAGCUACCCGCCCGUGUUGCCCCGCCCUGGUUGCGCUCCACCUUCUGCUUGUAACCCCACUUCGCUUCAUCCCUCUCUCACCUCACUCCAAGCCCCGUCUUGUUUUCCCUCCCCCCCUCCCUCAUCAGCCUUUCCUCCUUCCUUCUCAUCCCCCCUCUCUUGGUUUCCCCUCUCUUCCCUCUGUUCUCUCCCCCUUAUCUCCCCCCUUGCCAUAGGCCUUCCCCAUAGUGGCGGCGUGCUACAGCUAUCUUGCCUGCCUAGAGUGAGUGGGCUUUGA